AUAUGGCCCGAAUGAACCGCCCAGCUCCUGUGGAAAUCACCUACAAGAACAUGAGAUUCCUUAUCACACACAAUCCAACCAAUGCAACCUUAAACAAAUUUAUCGAGGAACUUAAGAAGUAUGGAGUUACCACAGUGGUGAGAGUAUGUGAAGCCACUUAUGACACAGCUCCAGUGGAAAAAGAAGGCAUUCAAGUUUUGGAUUGGCCUUUUGAUGAUGGUGCUCCACCAUCCAACCAGAUUGUUGAUGAUUGGCUAAACCUUCUGAAAGUGAAAUUCCGUGAAGAACCUGGUUGUUGUAUUGCUGUGCACUGCGUGGCUGGUCUUGGGAGAGCUCCAGUGUUAGUUGCUCUUGCAUUGAUUGAGUGUGGAAUGAAAUACGAAGAUGCAGUGCAGUUUAUAAGACAGAAGAGACGUGGAGCCUUUAACAGCAAGCAACUUCUGUAUUUGGAGAAAUAUCGUCCCAAAAUGCGUCUGCGUUUUAAAGACUCUAAUGGUCACCGAAACAACUGUUGUAUUCAGUAAAGCCAGGCUGCCUGUACUGCUACUUUGGAGAUAAAGGAUGGAGACUAGAAUUGGGCAGAUUACAUGCAGAAAGAUGUCUGGUAGCUUAAGGAGGCUUCCUUAGGAGUACUAAUAGACCAAAUGCUUGGCAAAAAUGCAGCUUAUGUUUAGGUUAAUAUCCAUUUGUUGGAGAACAUGUAAACAUUUUUGUUGUACCCAAAAAGUCUACUUGUUCAUUACUUAUCAGUUGAACUGUCCUUGAAUCAUGCAACUGAGUCUUACUUGUGUAUUUCCCAAUACUAAAAUCUGUCACUAUGACAUAGAUUAGGUGCCAAAAUGCCCAGAACAACAUACAGAUUUGUUUCUUUAAACUGUAGUGUAGUCCUUGUGAUUCAAGAACUACCACCUGUCCAGACCUUACUUCAUCCUUUUUCCUGCAAUCAUUUCAAUAUUGAGAAUAGGGCCUCUAUGGUAAUCUGCCUGCUCACUGUAUGUUUGUCUCCCACAAUCGCACUAGACUAUCAGGAUUUGCACAAUCUUUGAUUUUACUAAGACUUACAGUGAUUUUCAGUGUCUGUAUAACUUUCUGUUAUCUAAACCUCUGCAUUUUACAAAUAUCAUUAAUCUUCUGGUUUCUCAUGUAGAGAAUAAUCCUUUACAUUGUACAGAAGCACACAAGUCUUUAAUGUCUCCAGACAAAAAGCCUUACAGUUAAAUUAAUGUUGGCACUUGAUGUGCAACUUAGCAGAGGGCCUGAAAAGGUUGGGAGGGGCUAUUUAAUAUUUCUAGUAAAAUGUUGCCUUUGUCUUGUGCAGGAAGUAUAGAAUAUGCCCUUUACUUUAGUAAAUAUUUUUUUAAAAUGUAGAAAUGCUUUGUUAUUGUUGCUAAAACAAUUCUUAAUCAUAAAAUUUCUGAAGAUCUUGUAAUUUCUUUGACUGUACCUAUUGAAAGUUGUUUACCAACUAUUGCUUUGUUGAAAGUGUGAUUUAUUUUUGGUUUUUCCUUGAGUUUCUGCAAUGAACUGGGCAGAUCUCUGUAAUAUUUUGUAUGCCUUUUGAGCUGCGUAACUUAAUAUUUGGAUACUUGAUAAUUUUGUUUUAUUAUGUAAUUGAUAAAAUGGUGAUGUGUAUUAAUGUUAGUUCAACCAUAUAUUUAUACUGUCUUGGGAAUGUGUGGUUAUAGUUCUGUGGGAGAAAUAAUUUUGCCAGUGUUCACCAGCUUGUAAAAUCUAGUGCGAGAGCUUAAACAUUUAAAUAAAGACUGAAAUGCA